GGUCGGAGGGACAUCUCACCGUCGCCCUCACCCUCCCCCAUCCCGAGGGACACAAGCUUCGGAAUGCCAGUGGAGGAUAUCACAAAGACCGCAACUGAUCAGGAGGAUGGCGACUCUUCGGCCACAAUGGAAACGGAAGACGGCGAAUCUUCGGCUACAAUGGAAAUCGGAAGUAAAGGUAUGGAGGAGCGAAUGGAGGAGGAAGAACAAGAGGGAGAGGAGGACGAUGAGCAAGAGGGGGAGGGGAAUUACAAGGGGCUGGAUGAAGGGGACGGACAAGAGGAGGGGGAACAAGUAGCACAUCAGGACCCGUCAACAGACAGUCAAGCACCACUAGACAGUGAAGCCACUACGGGAGAGGGUCUGGGACAAGAAACAGAGGCCCGGCAGCAGCAGAACCCGUUGACGGAGUUGGCGAGGCAGGAGCGAUCAAAGACCGGCUUGGAGACCAUCCUGCGUGAGGGCGAAUGUUACGUCUGCCCCAUCACGAUUGGGGGGAAAUGAGCAAGAUUAAGCUGCUGAUGGACGGCCCUAAUGAGGUGCCGAUCUUCAGUGUGAACAAGCUGCCGCAAGAGCAAGAGGUCC